AUGCGAGAAAUAGAGGCAGAAGUGGCACCUUGGGCUAGGAAAACACCUGAAAUAGACCUCUCAAUAAACGAAAUCGACAAAAACCCAAAUUUAUGCAAAAUCAUAUACCAUGAAAUAAUAGACAAAAGCCCCAAAAGCAUAGCAAUAUAUACAGAUGGAUCAAAAAUGGGAAAUUCUACAUCAUCAGCAGUUGUCAUCCCCACCACAAAGGAAACAUUAUUCCAACAUCUACCAACCUAUGCAUCAAUAUUUACAGCGGAGUUAACAGCAUUAAAAAUGGCCCUCAAUUAUACCAUAAAUAAGACCAACAAAGAAUACAUGAUUUUUGCUGACUCGCUAUCCAGUUUGAUGGCAAUAUAA